AUGUCCUCGAAGAGGAUUGCUAUCAUUUAUGGAUCUGAAACUGGUAAUGGUCAUGAUUUCGCUACUAUUCUAUCCCAUAAAUUGACUAGGUUACAUUUCCCCCACGCUUUAACUACAAUCGGUGAUUAUAAUCCGAAAGAUCUUCUAAAUUGUAGGCAUCUUUUUAUAAUUUGCUCGACUACAGGUCAAGGUGUGUUGCCCAGGAAUGCUAGAGAAUCAAUUAAAGGUGAUAGCAAAGGUACUUUAUGGGCGUUUCUAAAGAAAAAGAAUCUCCCCUCAGACUUCUUAAACCACUUGGAUGUUGCUCUUUUAGGGUUAGGAGAUUCCUCUUAUUCAAGGUUCAAUUAUGCUAUACGUAAGCUGCAUAAGCGGAUUGUCGAGCAGUUAGGCGCCAAGGAAUUAUUCCCCCAUCUAGAAGCCGAUGAUGCCGGAUUGGCAGGUAGCAGCGCAGGCUCCGGAACAGGUGUUGAAGCUGUAUACUUAGAAUAUGAGAAGCGAAUUCUUAGCUUUUUAACUGAGAUAUACCCUACUAGGACUCUGAAAGGUAUCGUAAUAAAACGUGAAUCUAUACCCGAUGAGGUAUACUUACGUCCUGCAACAUGGUUGGCCAUCGAUGAUGGACAAGGUGUCCCAUCCAAACAAGUUACGUUUUCGGGUGAUGAAACGGUGAAGUUUGGUAAAAUUACGGCUAAUAAGCGAAUUACAGCUGAGGACCAUUUCCAAGAUGUUCGCCAUUUUGUAUUCCAAGCGCAGGACGAUACGCCCUAUUACGCUGGUGAUACGGUUUCUAUAUAUCCUAAUAAUUUGGAGAGAGAAAUAGCGCUAUUUAUUGAGACGCAACCUCAUUGGAGGGAAGUCAUUGAUAAACCGCUGAAGAUAUGUGGUGACGACGGAGCUAGAAGGAUCUUCGAUGGAGGUCUAGUUCAACCUUUAACUUUAAGGAAUUUAUUGAAAUAUCACUGCAGCAUCCUCUCGAUUCCAACUAGGGUCUUUUUUAUGAAGAUAUGGACAUUUGCAACUAAUAAAAACAUAAAUGGUGGAGAACAACAAUUUUUAGAUCAACGUGAGAAGUUGAAGCAGUUUGCUUUUAGCGAGGAUCAGCAGGAUUUGUAUGACUACUGUAAUCGCCCUAGAAGGUCGAUUUUGGAGGUAUUAUGCGAUUUUGAGUCUUUAAAACUGCCUUGGGAGUUUGUGCUUGACUACCUUCCAGCAAUUAAGCCGCGGUUCUUUUCUAUCUCUGGGUCACCGUGUAAUAGGAACAUAGAGCUGACAGUAGCAAUUGUUCGUUAUAAAACUAUCCUAAGAAGAGUUAGAAGGGGUCUUUGUACUUCAUAUAUGUCUCAACUAAGGACAAAUGAUACAGUUCGUUAUAAAAUCCAAAACAAUGACUUAUUAGGAUCAAAGAUAGAAAAAGAUCAUCCUAUCAUAAUGAUUUCUCCAGGCGUUGGUAUUGCACCGAUCAUGUGUGUAAUUCGUUCUAAUAUGUUCAAGGAAAUGUUGUUGUUCUUUGGUAACAGAUAUAAGAAUAAGGACUUCCUCUAUCGAGAGACCUUGGAAAAAUGGCAUGAUGAACAGAGGAUAAAGUUGUAUGCCUGUUUCUCUCGUUGUCCUCAGGAUUCUCCAGGAUUGAAAUAUGUCCAAGAUUCUCUCUGGAAGAAUUGGCAGGAAGUAGCUGAUCUCAUUGUGAACCGAAAUGCUGUUAUAUACUUAUGUGGUUCAUCAGGAAAGAUGCCUAUCCAAGUUCGGCUGACUAUUGCUGAAAUAUUGAAAAAGUCCGGCUUCUUCUCUGGCGACAAAGAAGCUGAGCUGUACUUAAAAGAAAUGGAGAAAAACGACCGAUACUUGCAAGAGACAUGGUGA